UGUGCUGUGCUCAGUGUGACACGGUUCGAGGCGGGCGGUUCUUCCUCCUACGCGCAUCCCCGUCGCCCCGUAGUCAUCGCUGCACAUGAUGCUGCGCGCUCGCGCGCCACCGCUCGCACUCUUCUUGCCGCCCCGUGACACGCUCAGCGCCGCGUUCGGACCGCGUCGCUGCGUAACAGAGUCUCCGCCGCACGAACCGCGUCUCCUCCGCAGUUAUUUUAUGAUAAUGAAGAAAUAAACAGUUGAUCUGAGCUCUCUUCUCUGGACUGUACAAGUGUUGUGUCAGCAUCUCAUCUUCAUUGUGGAACUGGGAGUCUCUUGAAAACCGAAGGACGUUUCCACCCAUUGACAUUGUUGAGUUAUCAAAUGCCGAAAAACAGCAAGGCUGUCAAGAGAGAGCUUGACGAUGAUGUCACUGAGUCUGUCAAAGAUCUGCUUUCCAACGAAGACACCUGCGAUGAGUCGUUCAAGAAGAGCUCAUUGAUUGUUGUCGAUGUCCAGGAGGACAAGGAUGGGGAUCUUGAAGAGGGCUCUGAUACAGAGGAGGAGAGGCCUGCAUGGAACAGCAAGCUGCAGUACAUCUUGGCCCAGGUGGGCUUCUCUGUAGGCCUGGGCAACGUGUGGAGGUUCCCCUAUCUCUGCCAGAAGAACGGUGGGGGCGCAUACCUGGUGCCCUACCUGAUCUUGCUUGUGGUGAUUGGGAUCCCGCUCUUUUUUCUGGAGCUCGCUGUGGGCCAGCGAAUCCGCCGAGGGAGCAUUGGGGUGUGGAAUUACAUCAGCCCCCGCCUGGGUGGAAUUGGCUUCGCCAGUUGCAUGGUCUGUUUCUUUGUUGCCCUGUAUUACAAUGUCAUCAUUGGCUGGAGCCUCUUCUACUUCUCGCAGUCCUUCCAGCAGCCUCUUCCGUGGCAUGAAUGCCCGCUUGUAAAGAACAAAACACACACAUAUGUAGAGCCAGAGUGUGAAAAGAGCUCUGCGACCACCUAUUACUGGUACAGAGAGGCUCUAAACAUUUCCAGCUCAAUCCAUGAGAGUGGAGGCCUCAACUGGAAAAUGACCGCGUGCCUGCUGGCAGCAUGGACCAUGGUCUGCCUGGCUAUGAUCAAGGGCAUCCAGUCGUCAGGGAAGGUGAUGUACUUCAGCUCCUUGUUCCCAUAUGUGGUAUUGAUCUGCUUCCUUGUAAGAGCCAUGUUGCUGAAGGGAUCGUUGGAUGGCGUCCUUCACAUGUUCACCCCCAAGCUGGAGAUUAUGCUGGAGGCCAAAGUGUGGCGAGAAGCAGCAACACAAGUCUUCUUUGCACUGGGUCUGGGCUUUGGUGGCGUCAUUGCCUUCUCCAGCUACAACAAGCAGGACAAUAACUGCCACUUUGAUGCCGUGCUGGUCUCCUUCAUCAACUUCUUCACCUCGGUGCUGGCUACACUGGUGGUGUUUGCAGUGCUAGGCUUCAAGGCCAACAUCAUGAAUACCAAGUGUGUUGCACUAAACACAAAGAAAAUAGUUGAGCUGCUGGGGACUGAGAUCAGCCAGGAUCUCAUCCCCCUGCACAUCAAUUUCAGUCACGUCACCCCCGAGGACUACCAGCGAAUGACUGACAUCAUCCAAGGGGUGAAGGAGGAGAGCUUUUCUCAGUUAGGCCUGGAUUCUUGCAAUAUUGAAGAGGAAUUGGACAAGGCAGUUCAAGGCACUGGCUUAGCAUUCAUCGCCUUCACAGAAGCCAUGACCCACUUCCCUGCUUCACCCUUCUGGUCUGUCAUGUUUUUCCUCAUGCUGAUCAACCUAGGCCUGGGUAGCAUGUUUGGCACUAUCGAGGGCAUCAUCACACCAUUCGUUGACACCUUCAAAGUGCGCAAGGAGGCUCUCACAGUGGGAUGCUGCCUGGUGGCGUUCAGCAUCGGCCUCAUCUUCGUGCAGCGCUCUGGGAACUACUUUGUGGCCAUGUUUGAUGACUACUCUGCCACACUUCCCCUGCUCAUCGUGGUUGUCCUGGAGAAUGUUGCAGUGGCCUGGGUCUACGGCAUUGAUAAAUUCUUUGAGGACCUGAAAGACAUGCUUGGAUUCUCACCAUACCGAUUCUAUUACUACAUGUGGAAGUACAUUACCCCCUGUGUGCUUCUUGCUCUGCUAGCAGCCAGUGUUAUACAGUUGGGAAUGACCCCACCCAGUUACAGUGCUUGGAUUGAGGAGCUGGCCCAGGAGCAAUCUGUGAGCUACCCUGGCUGGGGGCUGGCUGUCUGUGUCUUGCUAGUGGCCAUGGCCAUCCUCCCAGUACCGGUGAUCUACUCCGUGCGCUAUUUCGACCUCAUUGACAAAAGCUCCAGCAGCCUUUCCUCCGUGUCCUACAAGAAAGGCCGCAUCAUCAAAGAACAACCAAGCCCCGAGGAUGAUGACGCCAGCCUCAUCCAUGGCAAGUCACCAAGCGAGGUGCCCUCCCCCAUGCCUGGCAACAGUAUCUAUCGGAAGCAGAGCAGUACUCUGGACAUCGACACCGCCCCCAAUGGCCGAUAUGGGAUUGGCUACCUGAUGGCAAACAUAACCAACAUGCCUGAAUCAGACGUAUAACACCUUCAACUGGCCAGUAAUUUCAAAACGACCAUUUGGCUGUAUAAGCAUCUGCUUUUGCAUUUACUUGUAUAUUUGUAGAUAACUUGUCCCCAGGCAUCACAUCACCCUGUCUGCUGUAAAACAUGAAACACUUCUAACUUUGCUCUAA